AUGCUCCGCCUCAGGUGCUCCCUCCUCACCCAGCUUCUCUCAUCUCCCUCCGCGUCCCCCGCCUCCCACCUCCACCGCCUCUUGUCCGCCGCCGCGCCCGCCGUUUCCCCCAACCCUAGUAGCUUCGCCGUGGAGGAGUACCUCGUCUCCACCUGCGGCCUCACCCGAGCCCAGGCCCUCAAGGCCUCCGCCAAGCUCUCCCACCUCAAGUCCCCUUCCAAGCCCGACGCCGUGCUCGCCUUCCUCGCCGACCUCGGCCUCUCCGGCACCGACGUCGCCACCCUCGUUGCCAAGGACCCCAAGUUCCUCUGCGCCAAAGUGGACAAGACCCUGGCCCCCAUCGUCGCCGGGCUCACUGGCCUCGGCCUCUCGCGCUCCAACAUCGCGCGCCUCGUCUUGCUCUCCGGUAACAACUUCCGCUAUAGAUCCAUCGUCUCCAAGCUGCACUACUACAUGCCUCUCUUUGGGUCCUCUGAGAACCUCCUCCGGGCCCUCAUGAGGAACCCCUACCUUCUCUCGUUUGACCUCGACGGCAUCGUCAAGCCCCAUGUCGCUUAUCUGCACGAGUGCGGGCUAGGUGCUUGUGACAUUGCCAAGCUAUGCAUCUAUCAACCGCGCAUGCUCACCACUAAACCAGAGCGCAUCCAGGGAAUGGUGGCACGCGCUCAAAACAUACGUGUGCCCCGUGGCUCUGUGAUGUUCAGGCACGCGCUGCAUGCUAUUGCAUUCCAUAGCGAGGAGGAGGUCGCAGCUAGAGUAGACUACUUGAACAGCACAUUCAGGUGGUCGGAUGCUGAGGUGGGCAUUGCUGUGUCUAAAGCUCCAUCAAUGCUGACGAGGGCCAAGGAAUCGCUGCAGCGCAGGUCCGAGUUCCUCAUCUCUGAGGUGGGCUUGGAACCGGCUUACAUUGCUCAACAGCCAACAAUUGUCUGCUACAGCCUAGAGGGCCGGCUCAGGCCCUGGUACUAUGCUGUAAAGUUUCUCAACAAAAAUGGAUUGCUCAAGCGCAACCCGAGCUACAGCACUGUUUUCACGGAGACCGAAAAGGCAUUCAGGGAGAAGUUCAUAUGCCCUCAUAAGGAAGCUGCACCACACCUCCAAGAAGACUAUGAUGCUACUUGUAAAGGGCAACUGCCGACUAAUUUCAGAUUCACACGAGCCAAGAACAGACUAUGA